AUCAUGCUUAAUUCUCCAUCAUCCUCUCUAAUCCUUCCUCAAUUAAGCUUCUCCCCUUUCUCCUCCCCAAAUACCCAAUACAAAAAAAUACCUGAAAUAACAAACAUUAAAUCACAAUUUUGCAAACAUUAAAUCACAUACAUUUACCAUUGUUCCAUGCAUCAAAAUUUCAAAAUCAGAAAAAUCAAAAAAAAUACAAAGAAUUUCUUGCCUUUAAAACUCCAAAAAUUUUCAAUAAGCAAUGACCACCAAGAUGAAAGGGAUAUGCAAAGGAUCAUUCAAAUACAUCUCACAAAUUUUUGUGGUAAAAGAGCGUGAGAUGGAAAUUGGGCACCCAACAGAUGUAAAACAUGUGGCUCACAUUGGCUGGGAUGGUCCAAAUGGUACUACACCAAGUUGGAUGACUGAACUUGGAGCAAAUUCAGAUUUGACUGUGAGAUCAAUGGGUAGUGUAGGCGGUUCCAAAGACCAGACAUGGACAUCUCAAGAUGCAACAGAUUUUGAGCGAACCUUUGGGCGACAAACAUCAAAUGCUAGAUUAAGCAACUUUCCUCCAACAAAUUUACCUACUAAUAAUCCAAAAAAACCAAGGAGAAAGAAGACUAAAUCAACAAAUUCAUCCCCAAAAUCGAGCUCAACACGAUCAUCACGAUCAUCCAAGUCUCGAUUUACACUUGGGGAGAGCGAGGAUGGAGAUAGUAGACGCAGCAGCUUGAACUUGUAGAUUAUAUCACAAAAUUUUAAUUUGAUUGACUCUUUAAUAUACUCAUUUCGUACUAUUGAGAUUGCUACAAUUGAUUUUAAAUUUCAGACAUUUUAAAUUAUUUGUAGCAAAUUUAAUAGCACCGACCAAAUUGUGCAUAUAGCAAAAAAAAUGACUUUUGAAAAAAGUCGGAUAAUAUUAUAAGAAAAAUGUGCACAAGGUAUUAAAAAUGGUAGAGAAGAGUGAAUUGAACAGAAGAAAAGCGUGACAUUAUUUAUUAGGGAUUAAAAUGUUAGUGAAAAUUCUUUUGUCAGAAAUGUAAUAACAUAAAUACAAUGUGAAGAAUAGUUGGAUGAUUUUAGUGAAAUGCUGGAUUUCAGAAAAAUGUCUUGUGGUACAAUAUUAUAUUGCCAAAUUUUAAAUAGUUUGAAAUCAGAAAAAAUUCAAAUGUUGGGGAUUAUUUUUUUUCAAAUUUUGUGGUAUUUUUUUUUGAUAAAGUUAGUCAUAUAUAAAAAAAUAUUAGAUUAACUAUUAAUUUUCUCAAAUAAUAAGAUUCUAAAUUUAAUUCUGAACGAAUCAAACGGGUGAGGAGCCAGCUGUUUGGAUGGAUGCAGCUUGCUUUAUUACAACGCUGACUUCUCAUGCCUCCUCCUUCAUUAAAUACUUCUAGAUGCUUGACAACAUGCCUAAGUCAAAUAUUUCAAUAUGUACAUCAAUUUAUACGUAGU